GGCAGCCUCCCCCACUCCUGCCCCGGCUAGGCGCCGCCACCGACGCGCGCGGGGAGCUCAGGGAACACAGUCCCCCGCCGGCGCCUCGUUUGCGCGCACUCAAGUGCCGGCGAGAGCCGCCCUCGCCCAGCGCCCGACUCCGCGGGUUGAGACCGCCACCCGCCUCCAGGGUGCGGAGUGCCACAUUAUUAUCAUCUCCUUGUGAGUGGGACUGGCACCCCAGCUGUGCCUCCAAGCACAAGUACCCCACAGAACCCAGAUCUGUGUUGACAGACAGCCUGCUUUACCAGGCCCCAGGCAUGGAAGAACUGAUAUGGGAACAGUACACUGUGACCCUACAGAAGGAUUCCAAAAGAGGAUUUGGAAUUGCAGUGUCUGGAGGCAGAGACAACCCCCACUUUGAAAAUGGAGAAACCUCAAUUGUCAUCUCUGACGUGCUCCCUGGUGGGCCUGCAGAUGGGCUGCUCCAAGAAAAUGACAGGGUGGUCAUGGUUAACGGCACCCCGAUGGAGGAUGUGCUUCAUUCAUUCGCUGUUCAGCAGCUGAGAAAAAGUGGGAAGGUGGCUGCCAUUGUGGUCAAGCGGCCCCGGAAGGUCCAGUUGGCUGCGCUGGGGGUUAGUCCCCCUGCCGAUCACAACGACCGGGUUUUUGAGGCGGUGGACGCGUUCGAUGGCAGAAGCGCCCGCAGCGGGUACAGCGAAAGGAGCUGGCGCAGCAGCCACGGAGCGCGGAGCCGCAGCUGGGACGACAGCCCCGAACGGGGGCGUCCCCAUGACCGGGCUCGGAGCGGGGAGCGGGAUCGCAGCCGGGGCCGGAGCCUGGAGCAGGACAGCGGGCGAGCCCGAGACGGCAGCCGCGGCCGGAGCAUUGACCGGGAAGGGAGCUACGACCGGGACUACCAUCGGGACUGUGACCGGGACUACGAGCGUGCCUACAGCCCGUCGGUGGAGUUCGGCAGCAGGGCCCAGGCCGGCCGCCGGCACGCAGGGUCCCGGAGCCGCAGCCGCGAGCGCCUGCACUCCUGCAGCCCCAGCCCCGAGGCGAGGGCACAGCCAGGCCACGCCGGCCAGCAGGACUCGGACAGGCCCAUCGGGGUCCUUCUGAUGAAAGGCAAAGCAAAUGAAGAAUAUGGUCUCCGGCUGGGGAGUCAAAUCUUCAUAAAGGAAAUGACGAGAACAGGUCUGGCAACGAAAGAUGGCAACCUUCACGAAGGGGACAUAAUUCUCAAGAUCAAUGGAACCGUAACUGAGAACAUGUCUUUAACGGAUGCUCGCAAACUGAUAGAAAAGUCACGAGGAAAACUCCAGCUAGUGGUGUUGAGAGACAGCAGGCAGACCCUCAUCAACAUCCCAUCAUUAAAUGACAGCGACUCGGAGAUAGAAGAUAUCUCAGAACUAGAGUCCAACCGAUCAUUUUCUCCAGAUGAGAGAAGACAGCAGUAUUCCGAUUAUGAUUACCAUUCCUCAAAUGAAAAGUUGAAGGAAAGACCAAAUUCAAGAGAGGACACGCCGAGCAGAUUGUCCAGGAUGGGAGCCACGCCCACCCCAUUUAAGGCCACCGGUGAUGCUGCACCUGCUGUUGUCACAGAGCGCAACGAGGAACCCAGAUACCAAGAGGAAGCCUCAGUUCCUCAACCAAAAGCAGCUCCAAGAACUUUUCUUCGUCCUAGUCCUGAAGAUGAAGCAAUUUAUGGCCCUAAUACCAAAAUGGUGAGGUUCAAGAAGGGGGACAGCGUGGGCCUCCGGCUGGCUGGAGGCAAUGACGUUGGGAUAUUUGUUGCUGGCAUUCAAGAGGGUACCUCGGCAGAGCAGGAAGGUCUGCAAGAAGGAGAUCAGAUUCUGAAGGUGAAUACACAAGAUUUCCGAGGGCUAGUUCGGGAGGAUGCUGUUCUCUACCUGUUAGAAAUCCCCAAGGGAGAAAUGGUGACCAUUUUAGCUCAGAGCCGAGCUGAUGUGUAUAGAGACAUACUGGCCUGUGGCAGAGGGGAUUCGUUUUUUAUAAGAAGCCACUUUGAAUGUGAGAAGGAAAUGCCACAGAGCCUGGCCUUCACCAGGGGGGAGGUCUUCCGAGUGGUAGAUACCCUGUAUGACGGAAAGCUGGGCCAUUGGCUGGCCGUGAGGAUCGGAAACGAAUUGGAGAAAGGCUUAAUCCCCAACAAAAGCAGAGCUGAACAGAUGGCCAGUGUUCAGAAUGCCCAGAGAGACAAUGCUGGGGACAGGGCAGAUUUCUGGAGAAUGCGUGGCCAGAGGUCCGGAAUGAAGAAGAACUUAAGGAAGAGUCGGGAAGACCUAACAGCCGUUGUGUCGGUUAGCACCAAAUUCCCCGCUUACGAAAGGGUUUUGCUGCGAGAAGCUGGUUUCAAGAGACCUGUGGUCUUAUUUGGCCCCAUUGCAGAUAUAGCAAUGGAAAAGUUGGCAAAUGAGUUACCUGACCUGUUUCAAACUGCUAAAACAGAACCAAAAGACGCAGGAUCUGAGAAAUCUAGCGGGGUAGUGCGGUUGAAUACCGUGAGGCAAAUUAUUGAACAGGAUAAGCAUGCACUGUUAGAUGUGACUCCGAAAGCUGUAGACCUGUUGAAUUAUACCCAGUGGUUCCCGAUUGUGAUUUUUUUCAACCCAGACUCUAGACAAGGUGUCAAAACCAUGAGACAGAGGUUGAAUCCAGCAUCCAAUAAAAGUUCUCGAAAGUUAUAUGAUCAAGCCAACAAGCUCAAAAAAACUUGUGCACAUCUUUUUACAGGUACAAUUAAUUUAAAUUCAGCCAAUGAUAGCUGGUUUGGCAGCUUGAAGGACACAAUUCAGCAUCAACAAGGAGAGGCAGUCUGGGUCUCUGAAGGAAAGAUGGAAGGGAUGGAUGAUGACCCCGAAGACCGCAUGUCCUACUUAACUGCCAUGGGCGCGGACUAUCUGAGUUGCGACAGCCGCCUCAUCAGUGACUUUGAAGACACCGACGGUGAAGGAGGCGCCUACACUGACAAUGAGCUGGAUGAGCUGGCUGAGGAGCCGCUGGUGUCUUCCAUCACCCGCUCCUCUGAGCCGGUGCAGCAUGAGGAGAGCAUAAGGAAGCCCAGCCCAGAGCCACGAGCUCAGAUGAGGAGGGCUGCUAGCAGAGAUCAACUUAGGGACAAUAGCCCACCCCCAGCAUUCAAGCCAGAGCCGCCCAAGACCAAAACCCAAAACAGAGAAGAAUCCUUUGACGUUCCCAAAUCCUACGAAUACAAGUCAAAUCCCUCAGAAAUUUCUGUUGCAUCUACCAAAGGUUAUCCCCCUCCCGUCGCAGCAAAGCCUUCCUUCGGACGGUCUAUACUGAAGCCUUCCACUCCCAUCCCUCCCCCAGAGAGUGAGGAGGUGGGAGAGGGCAGUGAGGAGCAAGAGAGAGCACCCAAAUCCGUCCUGGGCAAAGUCAAAAUAUUUGAGAAGAUGGAUCACAAGGCAAGAUUACAGAGAAUGCAAGAGCUCCAAGAAGCACAGAAUGCAAGGAUUGAAAUUGCACAGAAGCAUCCUGAUAUCUAUGCAGUCCCAAUCAAAACACAUAAGCCAGACCCUGGUCUGCCCCAGCAUAUGAGUUCCAGACUCCCUGAGCCACAGAAAGCUCCUUCCAGAGUCUAUCAGGAUACCAGAGGAAGUUGUGGCAGUGACAUCGAGGAGGAGGAGUACCGUCAGCAGCUGUCAGAACAUUCAAAGCGCGGGUAUUAUGGCCAGCCUUCCCGAUACCGGGACACGGAGUUAUAGAUUUCUGAGAAUCGCCUCUUCUGUGGCCACCUGUCACUGUGUCAGAAUAACAAGUCUCUGGGAUAGCUCUUUUCCAGUAAAAAUGUGCUGUGGAGAUGUGAUGGGGCCUGAGGUUGUGUUCUUUUCAUGCAGAACGUGAGGGACAGGCAAUACACAUUAAGAACUGAAGGCUCUAUUUUUGAGACUGGGUUAAGGGAGUUGGUUUUUUUGCUCAGAAUUAAGAGAGACACGAUAGUCUGACACUGUUACCUGCUUCAGUGGACCAAAAUCUGUAUUAAUUCUGUUUUUGUAUUUUUAACAUGUAUGUUAAGAAGUAAUAACUAUUUUUCUUCAUUAAUAGCUGCCUUCAAGGACUGUUUCAGUUGAGACAGAAUGUGAAAGAAAAGGAAUGAAAAAUACUGUGGGACUCAAAACUAAAUUCAAAGAAGUAUUUUAUUACAACUCUCUAUGUGCCUUUUAUGAGAAAUGUCUUAAAUUUUCUUCCUCCAAAGCUUUAUGCAAAGCCAUGAUGGACUAAAAAUUAUUUUGACUAAAUUUUUAUAGCAGUUUAAUACCUAAUGGUUUUCCUUGCACUGUAUCAUCUUUUCAAGGCAUUUGUCUUUGUAAUAUUUUUCUGUAAACUCUGACUGUAUAUAUAAUAGAUAUACUUGGUAGUUUGGCUAUAAAUGCUAAAUAGCUUGAAGACCAAGAAGUUGGUAUAGAAACUUGUCUCUUUGUUUAAGAACCAUAUGUUCCACAAAAGCAAAUAUUCAAGAAAAAUACAUGUUUUAUUUCCAAAAGUGUGUGAAUUGACAGAAAUUAGUUUUAUAAUUUAAUAAAAAGGAGUACUUUGCAAAUCAA